UUCACCUUUCUCAGGAAUGCUGUGGACGUGAAAAGCUCCACCGGAUUUCAGUUUUGCGAGAACUGGUUCAGAGGGACGAAAGAGUUAACCAGGGGAGGGCGCCUGCACGGGGGCGUUUGGUAUAAAACCACCUCAAGAGCGCACAACAAGUACAGCGUGUGUCGGUAGUGUGAUAUGGUUUCUCUCCACCAGCGGCCUACGACUCGUUAAGAGACGCACGCGAGCCCGAGUCUUCCGUUUCUGCGGGGCCCGCAGUCCCGCGCGAUGGAUGCGCGCUGUUUAUGAAGCAGACACAACUCCGUCGAGAAGUUUGAAAAGUGAAGAGCUACUUUUUACCUGCACUUUCCUUUAUUCCCUCCAAAGUUAGGGCUCACCGGAGAAUGCGCCGGUUAACGCGGAGUGCGCACAUGACGAGAAAUGCGUAAAGCGGCUGAGGUGGAAGUUGGGGAAACUGAAGCAUGAGGCUCAGCGUGUGGGGGAGACACGGGGCUACAAGUUUCCCGAGCUCGGAGAAAGAAAAGCGUUAAUGCUGCACGCUGGAUCGACCCUGCAGGAUUCGCUGCACCGCACUGAUUGGCACAUCAGCGUUGGCUCACCGCGUUUGUCUUCAGAUCAAACUUUGUGAACCUUCAGUGAGAGGGACAACCUUCACGCAGGACAAUACAAACAUCUGCAGAGAAAAAACACUGGAUCCAAACUAAAAACUCUUUCUCUCUCGCUCUCUCUCAACUAUUUUUGCUGCCCCACCUCCGCUCCGUUUCCCUUCAUUCUUUGUUAUUUUUUAUUUUUAUUUUUUUUGCAAUUGUGAUUCCCGAAGUGGCUUCGAAGUGGUGUUGCGGCUCCUCGUCCCCGGCGGAUCCGGAGAUUGGAGUCUCUGCACCGGGAGGAGGCGGAGUCGGAGCUCCGACCACACCGCGGGCUCCAAAGAGCGGUCGCGUCAAGAGGAUGGUGCGACUGGCGGCGGAACUGCUCUUGCUCCUGGGACUUCUUCUCCUUACCUUGCACAUCACGGUGCUGCGGAGCAAUCCGCUUCCCCAAGGGAAUGUAACUGUGAGCCUGGAUCAGAGCACAGCGCUUACAGAGAACAACAUAAAUGCAAAAAGCAGCUCCUCAGCCCAGCUGGCCCCUCAAGACCGACGGUCUGGUCCAGAACACCGACUGGCCCAUCGGCCUGCAACCCUCCCCUGGGCACAGGGCGGCAGCGUACACAAGGACGGCCCCGGCGCUUUCCUCCUAGAUCUGCACAACUUCCCCGACCUCUCCAAAGCUGACAUCAAUGGACAGAAUCCCAACAUUCAGGUGACCAUUGAAGUGGUGGAUGGACUAGAGGGCCAUGAACCUGAGAAAGGCCUCCGAAAGGAAACCAAGCCCAACUGGGCUUCGCCAAACUGGAGAAACUGGUGGCCUCACACUUCGUCGUCGUCCUCUUCCUCCUCAUCGUCUUCCUCCACUCAUCAAACAGAGGAGAAUGAGCGCUCUUACGGGAGCAACACAGAGGACAGCAACUUCCUCAGGCCACCGGCAGAUUGGGACAGGAGGGGAAGCAAAGCUCAAACGGAAUAUGACUACAUGGAUGGAGAGGGGGACUGGAGUAGCUGGUCAGCGUGCAGUGUCACUUGUGGAAACGGAAACCAGAAGAGAACGAGGUCAUGCGGUUAUGCCUGCACAGCCACCGAGUCCAGAACUUGCGACAUGCCUAACUGCCCAGGUAUUGAAGAUGCCUUCAGGACGGCAGCUACUGAAGUGAGCCUGUUAGCUGGAACAGAUGAGUUCAAUGCCACAGAGCUCUUUGGAGUUGACACAGACAGCUGUGAGCGCUGGAUGAACUGCAAGAGUGAUUUCUUGAAGAAAUACAUGACUAAGGUGGCAAACGACCUUCCCAGCUGCCCUUGCUCUUACCCGACCGAGGUGGCUUACAGCACGGCGGACGUAUACGACGCCCCCACGCGCAGAAAUUUCCGCUGGAAAGACGCCAGCGGUCCCAAAGAGAAGCUGGAGAUCUACAAGCCCACGGCUCGUUACUGCAUCCGCUCCAUGCUGACCCUUGAAUCCACCACGCUGGCUGCGCAGCACUGCUGCUACGACGACAACAUGAAGCUCAUCACCCGCGGCAAAGGAGCCGGCACACCCAAUCUAAUCAGCACCGAGUUCUCUGCCGACCUUCACUACAAGGUGGACAUCCUGCCUUGGAUCAUCUGCAAAGGUGACUGGAGCCGCUACAACCAGGCAAGGCCACCAAACAAUGGGCAGACGUGUCCAGAAAACCCUCAGGAUGAGGACUACUACAAACAGUUUGAAGAGGCAAGGGAAUUCUAGCCUGCAAAAACACUGCCCAUAUAUCCAGCUAAACCUCAGAAAUGGCGCUGAAACCCUUUUUAAUUCUCUUUUAGGUCAAUUAACACAUAAACUUUUAGGCUCUGAGGACAGACAUACUGCUCUUAUUGAACCACAAAGAAUUCUAACAGAGUCAGAACCUGUUUUUUUGUUCGUUUUUUCUCACAAGGAACUUCUCUCAACAUCAUCACAACCAGGCGUGAGAUAUCACGUCUUUUUUUAUUUGAUUAUUUUUUAAUUUGGUUUUUACACUUUUAAUAAAUGAAAAUGAAAUUUUGUCAGUAAUUAUGUUGCCAAUUGUAACUCGAGAUUUGGUUACUAAAGGGAGGACUGACUUCAUAUUCUUAAAAGGGAAAACUGUCAUUGUAGAACUGUUAAUGUCAUCGUGCCCGUGUCGAUUGUGUGCGUGUGAGGCUCGUUCGGAUCAGAGAGACCUGUGGUAAUAGAAUAACGACACCUCCCUCAGGAAUGUGUUACCCAGUUUCCCUUAACUUUGUCAUUCACAGUUAUCCGGGUUUUUUUGUACGCUUGAUUGUUUAUUUAGCAUGCACACGUUUUCAUUUUCAUUCAUUUACCGCCCCCGUAAUUUAACCGUGUGUCUCUGAGGCAGAUCUUCAUUGUAAAGCCUGCAUUAUUUUUGUAAAGUAUUUAUUAAGUCGUAGCCGAGUUUAAGUCGAGCGUCUGUGGCCAAAGUUGAGAUUCCUCUCUGGCUCAUGCUUCGCCAUCAGGGUGCGUAUCCAUGUCUCAAGUUAGGGUUAAAUAGAGCAGAAAGAAUGUGUGAACUGUACGCGACAAUGUUUCUUUUUUUGUUAUUUUGAGAUAUAAAUCUAUAAAUAAAAUUUUUUA